GAGAGUUUACGGGAAGCGCCUCUCCGUCCAUGUUAGAUCGCUAGCUUCUUUGACGAAGGACCGCGGUUUUUUGUGAAACUGAAGGACCUCCGUCCGCCCGGCGCUGCCUGUCAGACUGCUGCAUCAUGGGAAGGACGAUGAUGAAGAAGAGGAGGAGGAGGAGGAGGAGGCUGCAUUCUGUCCUCUGAUCUCCAUCUGGAUGGAGGAUGUGGUUCUUCACUAUCAGCCCGGAUCAGCAGCUGGACUCGAGUCUCUGUUGGAGACCACACAGAAGCUCCUGGAGCCUUUCCCCUGUCGGACUCCUCCGGUCUUCACCUGCUGGUUCCCCGCCGCCGCCGACCGCCGCCUCCCCAUCAGACCUGCGAAGCCAGCUCCUGUCAUCCCCUCCUCAGACGACCGACUCGCCUCCUCUCACAGCAAACCGACGGCAGCGACAAAAACUCAGCCACAGAACAACUCAGAGAACAGAAAUGCUGCAGAGACUCGACAUGAAAGUCCACGAAAGCGUGGCGUCUCAGAGACCCCAAACCAGAUCUGUAGACCGCCAGCGGAGAAGCAGGCGAACAAGGACUCACCAGUCAGACGGUCCUGGAGCGUCUUCACGCAGAGAGAAGCUCUGCUGCAGAGCGCCGAGUCGAUGUCCAAACGCUUCCGUCACGUGGUGUCGGUCCACAACCUGCACCUCCGCCAGAGGGCCAAGUGGGUGAUCAGGGAGCAGAACUGUGGGCCGGCGAGAGACAUCGAACAGGUGUGGACCCGCCUGAUCCGGUCCGUCCGGAGCUCCGGCCUGCCGACGUGCACCGCCAACAUCCAGCGCCAGUGCGCUGAGAUCUGGGUGUUCUGCGACGUGGUGCACUGCGAGCAGGUGGGACGGCGCCUGAAGGACGAGCUGCAGCUGUCGGGGAGCAUCGGCCUGUCGGUGCGCCGGCUGGGACACGUCUUCAGCGUGUAGGGCCUCGGGUCGGCGCCGGUGAAGCAGCAGCAUCGUUCUGGAAGGUGUUCAGGAGCUUUGUUCUCACUCUGAGGAGCCAGUUCAGGAAGA